CAGUGCCAGUCAGGGUGUCACAAUGUUGCAGCUCACGUUCCAUGAGAGCAGUGUGUGAAUCCAGAGUGAGCCAGGCUCCCGGUGUAGGAUGUCAGCAGGGCACGUCACGGGAAUGGAGUAGCAGCUAUACGGUGGGGCGUGGGCUCCAUCUCUGCCUGGCUAUUAUUGGAAGCUGGAUCAAUGCCCUGCAAACAUCACCCUCAGAGGAUGGGAGUGUAUCCAUAGACACCGGCGGGCGAUCAGUGGAAAGCUACCUGUAGAUGCCUUUGAGAAUGGAUAAAGACUUUCGCUAUUAUUUCCAGCAUCCGUGGUCUCGCGUGGUCAUUGCUUAUUUGGUGAUGUUUUUUAAUUUCCUAAUAUUUGCUGAAGAUCCGGUCUCUCACAGCCAAACAGAAGCCAACAUGAUUGUUGUUGGAAACUGCUUUUCAUUUGUAACUAAUAAAUAUCCCGGAGGAACAUGGAGUGGAUUCAAAGUGUUCCUCUGGCUGGUAGCCAUUGUUACGGGACUGUUUGCCGGAAAAUUAAUUUUUCACCAACGUUUAUUCGGCCAGUUGCUCCGUCUGAAAAUGUUCCGAGAUGAUCAUGGUUCGUGGAUGACAAUGUUUUUCAGUACUAUCCUUUUCCUCUUCAUCUUUUCCCACAUUUACAAUCUGUGUUUACUUAUUGCAGGGAAUAUGAGCCCAUACAUUAUAACUGAAUAUAUGGGAAUCAGGAAUGAAAGCUUUAUGAAAGUAGCUGCUGUAGGAACCUGGAUGGGUGACUUUGUGACUGCCUGGAUGGUCACUGACAUGAUGCUUCAGGACACAAAAUAUCCAGAAUGGGGCAAGUCUGCAAGAGCAUUUUGGAGAAGGGGAAACACUAGAAUAAUCUUGUUUUGGACAGUUUUGUUCGCCUUGACCUCGGUAGUUGUUCUCAUCAUUACUACUGACUGGAUAAGCUGGGACAAGUUGAAUCGUGGAUUCCUGCCUAGUGAUGAGGUCUCCAGAGCUUUCUUGGCUUCGUUUAUCUUGGUAUUUGACCUUCUUAUUGUUAUGCAGGACUGGGAGUUUCCUCACUUUAUGGGAGAUGUCGAUGUAAAUCUCCCUGGCUUGCCUUCAGCUCACAUGCAAUUCAAAUUGCCGCAUUUCAAAAGGAUUUUUAAAGAGGAAUACCACAUACAUAUAACAGGUAAAUGGUUUAACUAUGGAAUUAUCUUUCUUGUUUUAAUACUCGACCUGAACAUGUGGAAGAACCAAAUAUUUUACAAACCAUCAGCAUACGGUCAGUAUUUAGGCCCCGGAAAGAAAAUUUAUACUGUUGAGGAUACCGAAAGUUUGCUAAAUCUUAAUCAGUCAACCUUAUCCUGGGAAUGGAGAUCAAAUCACACAGACCCUUACACAAACAGAAGCUAUGUAGAGGGAGAUAUGUUCCUACAUAGCAGAUUUACUGGUGCAAGUUUAGAUGUAAAAUGCUUGGCCUUCAUUCCAAGUCUCCUAGCUUUUAUACUGUUUGGAUUCUUUAUUUCGUUCUUUGGUCGAUUUCAAAAAUGUGAACAAAGGAUGGAAAAUAAAGACAAAUCAUAUAAACGUAUCAACAGAAAAUCUCCAUCAGAGCAUAGCAAAGAAAUGGGAAUGACAAUAGAAAAUCUGCAGGCUGUGGUUGAGGAGCCUUUAUAUCUACAUGAUCCAACCCUGAUAUCAGUGAGGAACAAGUCCAAUGAAAUGUCCUGCCCGACUCCACCUGAAAACCUCAGCACACUAUCCCAAGGGGAGCAAAGUGAUUGUACAAAACAAACAGAAGAUCCAACAAGUUAGCCACACUACAGAGAACAACAAAGCAAUAAUGUAUCUACAAGGUUGUUUAGUUUAAUGUUUUACGAGUAAAGGUUGUGUAUGUUCUACUAACUUUAUUCAUCGUUCAUAAACUCUAAACGGUGCUCAUAAAUGCACACUUUGUCCAUUUUGUAUAAUAUUAUGCUGUACGUGCCUAUAUUUAAACCUUUGAGUGGUAUUCAGAGGGAGAGCAUUCCUUAGAGAGAAUUGCACAAGCUUAUUUAACAUGUAGUUAUUCACACACUUUAAUGAAAUAGUCCAGUCUUUUGGUCUAUUAGAUCUGUGCCUUUACUGUAAUCUACUUUUCUAAGCACUGCGAGAUUUGUGUUUUUUUUGUUUUUUUAUGUGGUUUUUUUGUGCAAUGUAUUUCUAUUUUAUGAUUUUUUUGUUUUGGCACAACAGAAAAUAUCACUUACACUCAUGGUCACUACCAUAUAUUAGUUCACUCUAAUGCAGAUUAUGACAUUAACCAUAACAUAUAGUGGUAAGCAUUUCAUGGUUUAAGAGUGAGCGCUUCAAGUCAUUCUUAAAAUGCCAUACUGUGUAUCAUUCUGAAAUGAAUAUGGUUUUUGCAUGGUCAUGAACAUGGACACUGGGGUUAGUGCUAUUACUGAUAUUUAUAAUAGAAGUCCACAUUAUUGUGGAAAGUCUGUACCUCUGUAAAGAAAAUAUAUAAAAAAAUAUUUACGGAUUAUUAUGUUAAUUAUAUUAAUUAUAAAUGUUAGAGAAUAUUGGAUAAAGGGGGAAAUAUGUUCUUGAAAAAGUCACACACAUUUCGGUGGUAGUGGUUUAGCCUUCUUUGUUGGUCAGUAGAGAACUUUCAUGUAGAGACGUGUACUCUAUUCCCAAUUUGUUUAGUACUUAAAGUACCUAACCCUUUGGGGGAAAAAAUAUCCUUACUGACUGACCAAUCGUGAUGAGAUAUAAGAAAGCGUUGUGUGCUUUUAUGCUACAGAAAGUAUGCCAGGGAGGUGCGGGAUUAGUAGAAAAGAUGACGAGAGUGCAGUCAAGAGAUGUAAUGAAAGUAAUGUGAAAGGGCUGUCCUGUCUUUACCACAAUGAGACAGCUUAGCACUUUUUCUGUUAAAGAGACUGAGUAGUCAGCAAUCAUUUUAUUAGGCCACCUGACAAAGGUCAGUAAGGUGGACAAAACAUUCUCUUCUAUGUACUGAUAGCUAAUAAAAAGGACUGCUGACUAUUCAAGUGUGUAAGGCCAUCAUUUUCAUUUUUUAUCCGACUACCCACCUGGACUGUGGAUACAGAGAGUUAUUGAAUCAUGCUCGUCACUGCUCUCUUGUUUUUGGCUAAUCAGCAGAAGAGAGACAAAAUCAGUAGCAGAAACAGUGAUGAAAACGAGGGUAAGAGCACAGUAGAGACAGGCAUAGAGGCAGGUUAUCCAAGGGUUGACCUGACCAAAGGUAAAUAGGAAUAAGUGUACGAGACCUCUGGACUGGACCUUAGAGACCAGAUAAAAUCCUGGCUUUUAGAGAGCCCAACACAAAUGUAGAUGUUCAGGAGGAAGUUUACUGCUCAAAACAGCUGGUUCACAUUAUGAAAAGAUAGGUGUGUUUAACAAACUGGCACCGACCUCAAACUCCAUCUACUGUCAUGAGAUUAGGAAUAAAUGUUACUGUGUGAUCACGGGUCUCCACAGCUAAUGAAAUGUUUAGAGUGCGAUUGACUUCAUUUGAUCUGUUUCCCCUUUUACUGGUUUACUGAAAUUGUUGAAUGCAAACAGUAGUAUUUAAAUAUGAAUCCAAAGUGUAUGUCCAUCCGUGGCUGUAGAAUUUGUCAGACAUUUGCAAUAUAAAUGUAAUGUGUUAUAAUUGUAACAUUUAAAUAGUUUUAAAAUGCCUUACUAACCAUUGUUCAGUGAAAUAAAAUGUGCCCUA